AUGAGCGCCAGAGAAAAGAAACACGCGCCGAAACCCUCAUCUUCUCGAAUCGAUCUUGCGCAUUCGCUUGCGCAUCGCGCUGCAUCCUCUUCCAUAUCUAUCUCUGGGUCUGGAUCUGGAUCCGGGUCUACAAAUACAAAAUCCCAAGGAGGAGAUUAUGAUUACCUCCCUUGUACUUCUACAACAUCGCAAUCGCAAUCUUCCUUGGCGGAAAUAACCGCACCACCACGCGUUCGACUCUCUCACCCUAAUCCGCAAUCAACCACUCAUUUCCAUCCACUUCCACAUUCUCGAUCGCGCUCACGCUCACGCUCCAACACACCCUCGCCCCCCUCCCACGAACCCUACGACGAAGAAGACUAUCCCCCCAACCCUCAUCCCUCAACUUCAGACGAAGAAUCAGAAUCAGAAGAAGAAGAAGAACCUCUCCCCCCCGACUCCCAAAUCCACAAUCUAACCACCACACUCCUCCACACGCGCGAAACCCUUCAUCUUCUACAAAAUGCGCAUUCUACCCUCCACACCAAUUACCUAGCCACCGAUUCCCAGCUGCGCCUCCUCCGAUCCGCGCAUGCGAAUUGUCCCAGUGCGGCUGAGGUGCAGAGUCGUGUGGGAGCAUUGAUGUUGGAUCGGGAUGCGUUUCGCGAAGCGUAUAAUGAUGCGAUGGGAGAGAUGAGGGGGAAGGAUGAGGAGAUUAUGGCGUUGAGGGGUCAGGUGAGGGGGUUGAAGGAGUGGGUGAGUAGUAGUGGACGGGGCGGGGUAGGAGGGGAACAGGUUACGGAUGAGGUGGUUGCGGAGAAGAUGCAGUGGAUUGGGAAUGCGUUGCAGAAUUGGGUGAUAUCGAAUUUUAGGAGGGGAAGAAUUGAUUUAGAAAAGGCUUCAGAUGAAGUACGGCACGAGUUGGAGCAUUGGGUACCCAUGUAUCAGCAUCUAGCAACAUCAUCUAAAAUUAACUUCAUACAAUCCCUUGUAUCAAGUAUAUUAGUGUUUGAUAUCUUCCGAGCAUACUUUGUCGGUCUCCCAGAGCAACAAGCCAUGGAAAUUGCGAGAACGGAAAUAACUUUAGGUUCUUAUGGUCCCGAAGAUGCAAUGAACCAAUGGCGAUCUACGACGCUCGGGAUUUUGCUGAAAGAAGCUCCUGAAAAGCUUAAAUCGGAGACCACCACUGUUGUCAAUACCGUUGUUGCGCAAUUCAAUAGUUUGCUGGAUCCGAUAUUUGAUGUCCAAAGUACUGAAGCUAGAGAUCAGUCGCUGAAAACCAUAAUUAAUGCCGCUAUUGAUCUUUCACGAUUACUGCGAGUUCAAAAGGCAGUCUUUAGUAUAAUGAUGCCCAUAAUUGAGGAACAUCAACAAACGAUGUUUGACGAGGAGAGAAUGGAAGAUAUUGGGGGGGAAGAUGAAGAUACUUUGAACGAGCGAGAAAUUAGCUGCGUGACGUUUCCUGGAAUCAUGAAAGCAGGGGAUGAAAAUGGAGAACGAAACCAUUUGGUGAAUAUUGUUGCGAAGAUGAAGGUGCUUUGCGCUCCUGAUUGA